AUUUAGACCCGAUCGAUCACUCCUGCAUCUGCAGUGCGGUUGGAUCAGGCCCCUCUCUCUUCUCUGGCGUGUUCUACCUUCUCUUCCUCUAUUAAAGCCCUCCUUGUCCCCUCACCCUCUCUGAUCAGCUGCUCAAGCUUGAGCCUUCCCAAGAUGACGCUUCUUGGUUGGAUGCACCGAAAGCUGCGAAGCAACAAUGACGUGUUCAAAGAGUUCAACACCGGCGGAGGUGGGUCCUGCAACUGCAUCACUGGACUGGCCUCCCCGGACGGCGAGUACUUCGUCGACGGCACCUUCGCCGCCGCCAAUCAUCACUCGCAGCCUAUGGACGCCGAUGUCGACGACCUCUUCGCCUUCGGCGGCAGCGGCCUCCUCACCAUCGGCACGCUAGGCUUCGCCGCCGCCGUCACCACCAUCCCCGGAGACGACGGAGAGCACGACGCCGAGGACGAAGCAGACCACGACGAUGCCGAUGUUGAUGUUCAGAGCAACGACGCCGACGACGACGGCACCGACAACGACGCCGACGACGGCGCCGUCACGCCCACCUUCACCUUCCCCGCGCCGGCCGAGAUGGGCGUCGAGGCGAUCGCGGAGAAGGACGACGGCGCGACCACGGAGGACGACCUGAUGCUGGUGAGCGCGGAGCUGGAGAAGGUCCUCGGGGCCACCGCCAACGGCGACGUGCCUUCGGCGCGGGUGAGCUUCGCCGCUACCGACUGCCCGCUGCAGGGCUUCCUGUUCGGCUCCCCGGUGUGCAGCGACGCCGAGUCGAAGCGGGACAGCGCCGGUGGCGGCGGGCGGCGCGCGUCGCUCGGCGAGCUGUUCCUGCGCACGCGCUUUGCGGAAGAGAACAAGGUGGCCCUGGUGACCGUCGCGGAGGGGGAGGACGGCGGGGAAGGAGACAAGGCGGAGGGGAAAGGCGGCGGCGGCGGCGGCGGGCGCAAGAGGAUGAAGAAGUGGAAGGUCAAGGAUGAGAAGGGCGCCGGGGCCGAUGGAUCACGGGUCGAUCCAAAGGUGACCAAGAGCAAGUUUCAGAAGAUCCUUCAAAUCUUCCACAGGAAAGUGUACCCUGAGGGUACUGCGAUCCUGGCUAGGAACCUGACCAAGAAGAACCGCAAGCGCGGCGCUCCCGACAACGGCGACGGCGGCCCUGGCACAGACGAGCCGGUGGUGCCACCAAAGAGGACCGGGCCGCGCAUGCCGAGCCUUGGCUGCUGCGCCAACCGGGCCUCCUUCAGCGCCUCCCCGGAUCACAGGGGCGAGCUGCUCAAUGGCAGCAAGAGCGGCCACUGGAUCAAGACCGACGCAGACUACUUGGUGCUGGAAUUAUAGAGGGGAGAUUUAAAAGGAAGAGUCAAGACCUGUUGGCCUGAAUCUGAUCAUGAAGGAAGCAUAGUGAGUAUAUGCUAUAUGUGUAUUGUGUGCUUGCUGUUUUCAAUCCUUAUCUUGCUGGUACCUCUUUGAACGAGCUGUAUGUGGGCGUCGCUAUAUAAAGAGGGAAAAGGGACUGUGAAGUUAUUUCAAUCAAGUGUGUGGUGAUGUGUACAUGGCUCUGUUGGGGUCUGACAGAGAUCAUCAGGGCUCAAUGUAUGGUGUUAUUUGCUUUCUGAUGCGACUGGUAUGUUUGUGAACCAAGCUGUUGGCUUUGUGUGGGUGCACAGAAGCUUGAUGCCUCCUGAUCUUGCUUCGAUCCUCUUCAA